AUUUUUGUAGGAGUUUCUCAAGAAUGAGUGUUUCCAAAUCAUUUUGACAUCACCAAGCACCACAUACAUGGGAUGCAUCCUACUUUUAUCCUGGAGUUCACUUCUGUGGCUUGGAUUUAUCACAGUAGCUCUAGUCUUCGAUCUGAGUGUUGACUAAAGAUCAAGCAAAGACAUGAGGAGAUUUGUCUACUGCAAGGUGGUUCUAGCCACUUCUUUGAUGUGGGUCCUGGUGGAUGUCUUCUUACUCCUGUACUUCAGUGAGUGUAACAAAUGUGAUGACAAGAAGGAGAGAUCCCUGCUGCCUGCACUGAGGGCUGUUAUUUCAAGAAACCAAGAAGGGCCAGGAGAAAUGGGAAAGGCUGUGCUGAUUCCUAAAGAUGACCAAGAGAAAAUGAAAGAGCUGUUUAAAAUCAAUCAGUUUAACCUUAUGGCCAGUGAUUUGAUUGCUCUUAACCGAAGUCUGCCGGAUGUAAGAUUAGAAGGAUGCAAGACAAAAGUCUACCCAGAUGAACUUCCAAACACAAGUGUAGUCAUUGUGUUUCACAAUGAAGCUUGGAGCACUCUCCUGAGAACCGUGUACAGCGUCAUAAAUCGCUCCCCACAUUCCCUGCUCUCUGAGGUCAUCUUGGUCGAUGAUGCAAGUGAAAGAGAUUUUCUCAAACUGACAUUGGAGAAUUACGUGAAAAAUUUAGAAGUGCCAGUAAAAAUCAUCAGGAUGGAAGAGCGCUCUGGGUUAAUACGUGCACGUCUUCGAGGAGCAGCUGCUUCCAAAGGGCAGGUCAUCACUUUUCUGGAUGCUCACUGUGAGUGUACACUAGGUUGGCUGGAGCCCUUGCUGGCAAGAAUAAAGGAAGACAGGAAAACAGUUGUGUGCCCUAUUAUUGAUGUGAUUAGUGAUGAUACCUUUGAAUAUAUGGCUGGGUCAGACAUGACUUAUGGAGGUUUUAACUGGAAACUGAAUUUCCGGUGGUAUCCGGUUCCACAAAGAGAAAUGGACAGGAGGAAAGGAGACAGAACAUUACCUGUCAGGACCCCUACUAUGGCUGGUGGCCUAUUUUCUAUUGAAAGAAACUACUUUGAAGAGAUAGGAACUUACGAUGCAGGAAUGGAUAUCUGGGGUGGAGAGAAUCUUGAAAUGUCUUUUAGGAUUUGGCAAUGUGGAGGCUCUUUGGAGAUUGUGACUUGCUCCCAUGUUGGACAUGUUUUUCGAAAGGCAACUCCAUAUACUUUUCCUGGAGGCACUGGUCAUGUGAUUAACAAGAAUAACAGGAGAUUGGCAGAAGUUUGGAUGGAUGAAUUUAAAGAUUUCUUCUAUAUCAUAUCUCCAGGUGUUGUCAAAGUGGAUUAUGGAGAUGUGUCGGUCAGGAAAACACUAAGAGAAAAUCUGCAGUGUAAGCCCUUUUCUUGGUACCUAGAAAACAUCUAUCCGGACUCCCAGAUCCCCAGGCGUUAUUACUCACUUGGUGAGAUAAGGAAUGUUGAAACCAAUCAAUGUUUAGACAACAUGGGCCGCAAGGAAAAUGAAAAAGUGGGAAUAUUCAACUGCCAUGGCAUGGGAGGAAAUCAGGUGUUUUCAUACACUGCUGACAAAGAAAUCCGAACUGAUGACUUGUGCUUGGAUGUCUCCAGGCUCAAUGGACCUGUGAUCAUGUUAAAAUGCCACCAUAUGAGAGGAAACCAGCUGUGGGACUAUGACGCUGAGAGACUCACCUUGAGACAUGUUAACAGUAACCAGUGUCUUGACGAACCUUCUGAAGAAGACAAAAUGGUGCCCACCAUGCAGGACUGCAGCGGAAGCAGAUCCCAACAGUGGCUACUGAGAAACAUGACUUUGGGGGCUUGAAGAUCCUUCCCCCCAGCCAUGGAGGUGUCUACAUUUUGUUUCUUCAUUGUUUUAGUUAGAGGAAGGUAUUAACUUUGCUGAAUUGAACAUUAAAAAAAUCCUUUUAGUACUCUAAAACACAGUUGUUUACAAUUCAUUUCUAGGAAUGUUUGAUUAUUUCCCUACUAAAAUUUGUAUCUGAUUGAAGAAGCACAUAAAAAUAUAAAUAAUAGCAGAUGUUAUUAAACAUUGGAACAACUUGAAAAACAAAUUGUGUUUGCUUUAAAAUAAUCUUUAUUGUCCUCACAUCACAGGGUUCUUGGGGAAUUAUUUUUUGUUGUCAUAGAGAUUAAAAAGAGAAUGUAAUGCCUUAUGAAAUAACUUCAUUAUAAAAUAUUAUCAGUUACUUUGUAAAUUCACUGUUUCUACAGGAGUUUCAUGGAAACAAAUGUUGAAUUUUUAUGUCAAUAAUAUGACUAUAGAAUAAAUUAUUUAUUGGCAUUGAUUUCAUCAUUUAAAUAUUAGGCUCCAUAUUUUGUACCAAGAAAAACAAUUAAAUUGCAUAUUCAAUU